CGCCCCUCGCGGUGCCAGAAUUAGACGCUCCAGUCACGCUGCGCACCGCGACUCCAUCACAUCCACCUCUUUUCCGCACUCUCAGUCCCUCUCUCGUUUAAAGGGGCGCUGCCGCUUAUUCCUUAUACCCUCGCGGAUCCAGAGGCACCGGGAGGUAAAGCUUGCGCACGGACACGGGUUUUUUUUUUGCCUUCCCAGAAUCUCCUCUCCAUUCAAUGGCUCUGCGCGUAAUGCUGCUCUGCUCCCUGCUCGGAGUCCUCUUCGGUCAAGAUGCAGAGCAAGUCUCAAUGGAAGACUGUUGCAAAGAUGGCCAGAAGUAUGGGAAUGACCACAAAGACUGUGCAUCCAUUCCUCUCAUUUCCGGAUCAACCACGUGCAGGAUCGUGCAGGAGCAGUGCUGCGUGACGGUGUUGGAGGACAACAUGUGCACGGCCGGCAUCAACACGGCUAAAGACCAAGGGGUGUGCGACACUCUGCUAGCAAGCACCUGCGAGACCAAAACCACAAAGAUGUGCUGUGACUGCUGUCUUCUGGGGAAGGCAAUGCACGAGCUGGGCAUGCCCUGCGACUCCAACCAUGCCGUAGGCUUCUCGUGCAGCCUGGUGUCGCGGGCCUGCUGUGUGGAUGAAGCUGUGGCCAAUAACAGAACGCAAGAACCACAAACCGAACCUAAAAGCCAGGAUCUCGCCUUUGAAAAUGGAGAUAACUCCGUGCUAAGCGAUCAGUGCACAGGAAAGUGUGCUCAUCAGUGUGUGGCCAAUGACACAUGCACAUGUUUCAAAGGCUAUAAACUCAAACCAGAUGGAAAGAACUGCGAAGACAUCAACGAGUGUUUGCUUGGAUCGAAUAACUGCAGGGGCGGGGAGCGCUGCAUCAACACGGAGGGCUCCUUCCGCUGCCAGAGGGAGAUCAGCUGCGGGACGGGUUACGAGCUCACAGACACCAACAACUGCAAAGAUAUCGACGAGUGCGAGACGGGCAUUCACAACUGCGGCCCUCAGUUCGAGUGUCAAAACACCCAGGGCUCAUUCCGCUGUCUCCCCAAAAAUAAGUGUGGGGACGGGUUUAUCCAGGAUGCCCUCGGAAGCUGCAUCGAUAUCAACGAAUGCGUUGCCCAGGUGAGUCCAUGCCAACGAGGGAACACCUGCAUCAACACUGUGGGCUCCUACAUCUGUCAGAGAAACUCGGUCAACUGUGGCCGAGGGUACCACCUCAACGAGGACGGCACGCGCUGUAUCGAUAUCGAUGAGUGCAAGGGUACCGAAGAAGUCUGUGCAGGUCACGGGUGCAUAAACCAGCUGGGCUCCUACCGUUGUGAGUGCCAGUCGGGCUACAACUUCAACAGCAUCACUCGCCUUUGUGAAGAUAUUAAUGAGUGCAGGCACUACCCGGGACGCCUGUGUGCGCACAAGUGUGAGAACAUUUUGGGAUCCUACAAGUGCAGCUGCACCACUGGCUUCAAGCUGGCCGGCGACGGCAGGAACUGUGACGAUCUGAAUGAGUGUGAGAGCAACCCGUGCAGCCAAGAGUGUGCCAACGUGUACGGCUCCUACCAGUGCUACUGUCGCCGUGGCUACCAGCUCAGCGACAUAGACGGCAUGACUUGUGAAGAUAUAGACGAGUGUGCGCUACCGACCGGGGGUCAUAUCUGUUCCUACCGCUGUCACAACACACCGGGCAGCUUCCACUGCUCCUGUCCUGUCAUUGGCUACACCUUGGCGGUGAACGGGCGCAGCUGCCAGGAUAUCGAUGAAUGCGUAACGGGAACGCACACCUGCGCUGAGGACGAGAGCUGCUUCAACAUACAGGGAGGCUUCCGCUGCCUGAGAUUCGACUGCCCGAACAACUACCGACGGGUUGGAGAGACCCGAUGUGAACGCUUGCUUUGCAAUGAGUCUGACCAGUGCCUGACCAUGCCCCUGAGAAUAACCUACUACUACCUCACCUUCCCCACCAACAUCCCCGUCUUCACCAACAUCUUCCGCAUGGGGCCCUCUCACGUCGUGCCCGGCGACGACAUCCAGAUCGCCAUCACCGCCGGCAACGAGGGCGCUUACUUCAAGACCGAGCAGCAGCCCACGGGGGGGGUCAUGUCGGUGGCAAAGCUGAUCAGCAAGCCGCAGGACUUCGCUCUGUCUCUAGAGCUGAGGCUGCACCGCUACGGCACGGUCACCACAUACCUGGCUAAAGUUCUGGUGUUCGUUACCCAGGAGGAGCCCAGAGUCCCUUACAAUCCCCUUUUAGAAUAAAAUUCAACAUGUGCGUUGGGGCUAACUCAUGCUAUUACACCCUUUUAUAAAAAAAAAAAGACUUGUCAUAGUUACUGCAGAUUACUGGGAAAAAAAGGAAAUUGUUUCAAUAAAUGCAAGAUAGUGUGUUAAUUUGUUUAGAAUGAUAAUGUAAGGUGGAGAGUGGUAUCAUGCAAACAUGAAUACAGAACGUGAAGUAGAGAUAAAUGCAUUUACAGUCCUGAAAAAGCAUCAAGCCCCCCCUUGUUUCUUCAUUCAUUGCCCAAUAGGAGACGAGUAAAUGCAUAGAUUUACUGAAAAUAUCAGAAAGAAUAAGUUAAGGGGACAGUUUAGCUGCCAAAAGGAGAGAUCACUAAAUUUUAGUCAGAUUGAAGGUGAAUAUUUGGUAUUACCUUUUUAUCUUUGGCCAAUUUCUUGAAGUAGUCCUUAACAAUAACUCCCCAAGCUUUUGAUUGGACAUUUCAGUGUGCAUAUUUAGAAUGCAUUUUGUGCCAUUCUCUUUCAUAGCUUUUUGAAAAUCAAACUUGUGGAUGACUUAUAAACUGUGUUAUAUUUGGUCAUUUUUUGUAGAUGCGACUGAAACAAUGGUAGGACAUUUGGGAUUGUUUUGUGUCUACGUAAAGACACAAAACUGGUCCAACAAAAAAGAAAACACAUUUGAUGUCCAAUGAAAAACUUUCAAAGACUGUCAAAAAGCCUGGAGAACCGUUGUUCAAGAUAAGUAAAAGACAUUACACAAAAGUCUGACUGCUUGGAAGCAAAAUAUGAGGAAGUUAGAUCUGGCUUAAGAGUU